AUGAUUGGCGUUGUUAUUUACUGUGUUGCUUUUAUCGGCUUUAUCAUUUUAUAUGAAUUACAUAAACAUGAAUUGAAAAAAGCAGCAAUUACACAAAACAAUUUAUUAAAUAGUAUUACUGAACCACAAUCAGCAGACAUAAUUGGGAAAACGUCUGAUAAACGAUUGCCUACUAUACCUAACACAAAAUCAUUCGAUAAUCUCAAAGAAGAAAUACGUUCAUUAUUUCAUUUUUCACAAUUACAUAUUAUAUUUGGCAUUGAUUAUACGGCUAGUAAUGAAUGGCACGGUCGAAAAUCGUUUAAUGGACAAAUGUUACAUAAAAUACAUGGAAACAAAAUUUAUAAUCCAUAUCAAAAGGUAAUCAGUCAAUUGGGUUCACUAGUUGAAGAUAUAUUUUCCAUAGUGAAAUAUUAUUGUUUUGGUUUUGGUGAUCAAGAUACAAAAAAUUUUGCCGUGUUUCCAAUUAUUGGCUCCGGUGAAGAGAUUGUAAAACACCAGUAUUUGCAAACAACAAAGACAAUAAGUUUAAGUGGUCCAACAUGUUAUGCACCGAUUAUCAGUAAAUUGAUCGAUAGUGCUGUACGAAAUAUGCAAGCAUUCAUGAUGUUGAUAAUUGUUGCUGAUAGUUCUGUAGACUUGAACGAUAUAUUGAUGAUUUCUACACUUCAAACAUUGUCGAAUAUUUCGAAUGCGUGCGUAGUUUUAAUAGGUAUUGGUGAUGGACCAUGGCACGAAAUGGCAAAAAUUGAACAUCGAAUACGUGAAUUAUGCCUUAAAUCACCAACGAUGGCGGCGAUAACGAAUAAAAAGGAACAAAAUCCUCUAUCAUCAACAAACUCAGUUAUCUAUGACAAUUUUCAUUUUGUUGAUUAUAAUAAAAUUGCUAAUGCUCAUCAACGAACAAAUAUUGCAAUGGACAAAGAAUUAGCGAAAGCUGUAUUUAAAAAAUUCAUAACGCAAUUAAAACAAACACGAUUAAAGUUUCAACAACAAGGUCAAGUGGAGUAA